CUUCGAGAGGGAGAGAGGAAAGGGAUCUCGACCCCAAGGAGAAACCACGGUGCCGCAGCGAUGGAGGGCGGCGACGAGUGGUUGGCCGCGGACAAACUCGAGCAUCUACUAGCCUGCUUCGUCAUCACCCUUCUCGUUGCCAACCUCUCCGGACGCAGCCGCCACGCCUUUGUCCGACGGCGAAGCGCCGCCCUCGGCUCCCUCGUGGCACUCGCUGCGGGGACCGCUAAGGAGGUCGCGGACGAAAUUGGGAUCUGGAGAUCGGCCGGAGCCUCCGCCAAGGACGCCGCCGCCGAUGUCCUCGGCGUGCUCCUGGCUGCUAUGCUUCUCGCCGUCUUCGGGAGGUUACGGUCGUCAUCUCGCCGGGAGGUCGAGAUGAUUGGCGAUGAUUCUUUGGUAUAGAACCGCACACAACCAACAGACCUGAACUCUUUUAAAUCGAGGAUCUACCCUUUGUGUUGUCGACGAUCUGAACUUUCCGCAAAAUCUCUCCGGAUAGGUAGCGCUGCUCUCUCCCAAAUGGCUGCCGUGCUUAGAACGCCGUUGGUGUUCCAUUCUUCGCCGGCGGCGGGUCCUCGCUCCACUCACCCCAAGGCCCCUAGGAGUCUUCUGUCCUUCUUGUCGACGCAGAGGGCUUCGUGUGCGUUGAGGCUACAGCGAUCCCCUCUCGCUGACCAUCCUCUCCGCUUCCAACGGUUUCGCCUCUUCACCGCAUAUGGGGACACGACGAGAACCGAACAGGUGGCUGAAGUUGUGGAAAAGGAAGAUUCUGAUGAUGAAAUUUCUUUGGAGGAUGGAACAACCAACACCCAAUUCAUUGAUACCGAAGAAACAGUUGCUUCAACUGUAUUGCUCUCACUACAGUCAUACAGAGAUGCUUUGGCUAAUAAAGAUUUAUCAAGAGUUGCUGAAAUCGAAGCCAUUCUUCUUUCAAUUGAAGAUGAGAAAAACUCUCUUUCAACUAAAAUUGCAUCUUUAUCUCAAGUAUUAUCAACAGAAAGGGACAGAGUUCUUAGGAUCAGUGCUGAUUUUGACAACUUUCGAAAAAGGACAGAGAGAGAGAGACUUUCUUUGAUGGCAAAUGUGCAAGGUGAAGUGAUAGAGAGCUUAUUGCCUGUUUUAGACAACUUUGAAAGAGCUAAGUCUCAAAUAAAGGUUGACACUGAGGGAGAGGAGAAAAUCAACAACAGCUAUCAAAGUAUUUAUAAGCAAUUCCUUGAGGCUCUGACAUCUAUUGGCGUGGAGGCUGUGGAAACUGUUGGGUCUCCCUUUGAUCCGUUGCUUCACGAGGCUAUAAUGCAAGAGGAAUCAUUGGAAUUCGAGGAAGGCAUCAUAAUUCAAGAAUUUCGUAAAGGUUUCAAACUCGGGGAGAGGCUGUUGCGUCCGUCCAUGGUGAAGGUUUCUGCAGGUCCAGGCCCAGAAAAAGUGGGGGAUGACAUUGUAAUACCAGAUGAAGAUGGUGAAGCAGUUGAAAACAUCGAAGACGAUAUUGAUUCCUGAACCAUGGAAAUUUCACAGUUUCAUUCUGAUUGAUAUAUACAGUCUAUUUUGCUAAAUAUAGAUGAUAUAUUUUUUUCCGUAA